AUGUAUGGCCAAUUGACUGAAAGUGUUUCCUCUUCUGAAAACCCUUCCGAUGUUGCACCAUCUUCUCUGAAACGGGAGAUGAUAAUGGACGCUGGAGCUUCCCAAGAAAUGCGUGUAAUGCGCAAAAACGGUACAGACAACAACACGUCCAGACAACAACAAGUCCAGACAACAACACGUACAGACAACAACAGACAAAUACAACAACAGACAAAGACAACAACAACUCCAGACAACAACAACUCCAGACAACAACAACUCCAGACAACAACAACUCCAGACAACAACAACUCCAGAAAACAACAGACCAAGACAACAACAAGUCCAGACAAUAACACGUCAAGACAACAACAGGUACAGACAACAACCGACCAAGACAAAACAAGUCAGGACAACAACAAGUCCAAACAACAACACGUCAAGACAACAACAGGUACAGUCAACAACAAGUCCAGUCAACAACAGGUCCAGACAAUAACGUCCAGACAACAACAGGUACAGACAACAACACGUCAAGACAACAAGUCAAGACAACAACAAUCCAAGUCAACAACACGUCCAGACAACAACACGUCCAGUCAACAACAAGUCAAGUCAUCAACAGACAACACGUACAGACUACAACAAGUCCAGACAACAACAAGUCUAGACAACAACACGUCCAGACAACAACACGUACUGACAACGCGUACAGACAACAACAGACAAAUACAACAACAACUCCAGACAACAACAAGUCCAGACAACAACAAGUCCAGACAACAACACGUACAGACAACAACACGUACAGACAACAACAACUCCAGACAACAACAAGCCCAGACAACAACAAGUCCAGACAACAACACGUACAGACAACAACACGUCCAGACAAUAACACGUACAGACAACAACAACUCCAGACAACAACAAGCCCAGACAACAACACGUCCAGACAACAACAAGUCCAGACAACAACACGUACAGACAACAACAGACAAAUACAACAACAGACAAAGACAACAACAAUUCCAGACAACAACAACUCCAGACAACAACAACUCCAGAAAACAACAGACCAAGACAACAACAAGUCCAGACAAUAACACGUCAAGACAACAACAGGUACAGACAACAACCGACCAAGACAACAACACAUCCAGACAACAACAAGUCCAAACAACAACACGUCAAGACAACAACAGGUACAGACAACAACCGACCAAGACAAAACAAGUCAGGACAACAACAAGUCCAAACAACAACACGUCAAGACAACAACAGGUACAGACAACAACCGACCAAGACAACAACACAUCCAGACAACAACAGGUACAGUCAACAACAGGUCCAGACAAUAACGUCCAGACAACAACAGGUACAGACAACAACAGGUACAGACAACAACACGUCAAGACAACAAGUCAAGACAACAACAAUCCAAGUCAACAACACGUCCAGACAACAACACGUCCAGUCAACAACAAGUCAAGUCAUCAACAGGUACAGACAACAACAAGUCCAGACAACAACAAGUCUAGACAACAACACGUACAGACAACAACAACUCCAGACAACAACAAGCCCAGACAACAAGAAGUCCAGACAACAACACGUCCAGACAACAACAAGUCCAGACAACAACACGUCCAGACAACAACAUGUCCAGACAAUAACAAACAACAACAGACAAAUACAACAACAACUCCAGACAACAACAAGUCCAGACAACAACAAGUCAAGACAACAAUACGUACAGACAACAACACGUACAGACAACAACUCCAGACAACAACAAGCCCAGACAACAAGAAGUCCAGACAACAACACGUACAGACAACAACACGUCCAGACAAUAACACGUACAGACAACAACAACUCCAGACAACAACAAGCCCAGAAAACAAGAAGUCCAGACAACAACACGUACAGACAACAACACGUCCAGACAACAACAAGUCAAGACAACAAUACGUACAGACAACAACACGUACAUACAACAACAACUCCAGACAACAACAAGCCCAGACAACAAGUCCAGACAACAACAAGUCCAGACAACAACACGUCCAGACAAUAACACGCACAGACAACACGUACAGACAACAACACGUCCAGACUACAACAAGUCCAGACAACAACACGUCAAGACAACAAGUCCAGACAUUAACACGUACUGACAACACGUCAAGACAACAACAAGUCCAGGCAACAACAAGUCAAGGCAACAACAAGUCCAGGCAACAACAGGUACAGACAACAACAAGUCCAGACAACAACACGUACAGACAACAACAGACAAAUACAACAACAAACAAAGACAACAACAACUCCAGACAACAACAACUCCAGACAACAACAACUCCAGACAACAACAACUCCAGACAACAACAGACCAAGACAACAACAAGUCCAGACAAUAACACGUCAAGACAACAACAGGUACAGACAACAACCGACCAAGACAACAACACAUCCAGACAACAACAAGUCCAAACAACAACACGUCAAGACAACAACAGGUACAGACAACAACCGACCAAGACAAAACAAGUCAGGACAACAACAAGUCCAAACAACAACACGUCAAGACAACAACCGGUACAGACAACAACCGACCAAGACAAAACAAGUCAGGACAACAACAAGUCCAGACAACAACAACUCCAGACAACAGCAACUCCAGACGACAACAACUCCAGACAACAACAACUCCAGACGACAACAACUCCAGACAACAACAACUCCAGACGACAACAACUCCAGACAAUAACAAGCCCAGACAACAACAACUCCAGACAACAACAAGUCCAGUCAACAACAGAUACAUACAACAACAGGUACACACAACAACAACUCCAGACAACAACAACUCCAGACAACAACAACUCCAGACAACAACUCCAGACAACAACAAGUCCAGACAACAACUCCAGACAACAAGUCCAGACAACAACAACUCCAGACGACAACAACUCCAGACAACAACAACUCCAGACAACAACUCCAGACGACAACAACUCCAGACAACAACAACUCCAGACGACAACAACUCCAGACAACAACAAGCCCAGUCAACAACAACUCCAGACAACAACAAGUCCAGUCAACAACAGGUACAGACAACAACAGGUACACACAACAACAAGUCCAGACGACAACAACUCCAGACAACAACAAUUCCAGACGACAACAACUCCAGACAACAACAAGUCCAGACGACAACAACUCCAGACAACAACAACUCCAGACAACAACAAUAUUGUAUUGAUAGUAGCAAAAUAA